GUGGCGUGCGAGCGGCCGUACAGCUCCCACGGCAAGGAAAAAUUAGAUAUGUCAAUGUAUCCUGUUGAAAGCAUUAGAAACUUCAGUAUUAUAGCUCACGUAGAUCAUGGCAAAAGUACACUAGCAGACAGAUUGUUGGAAAUCACAGGAACAAUUGCUAAAACUGACCGUAAUAAACAAGUGCUGGAUAAACUCCAAGUGGAACGUGAAAGAGGAAUUACGGUUAAAGCACAAUCUGCAUCUCUCUUUUACAGUCACGAAGGAGUAAACUACCUCUUAAAUCUUAUUGACACGCCAGGCCACGUGGAUUUCAGCUAUGAAGUGUCACGGUCACUGUCUGCCUGUCAAGGUGUCAUACUUGUAGUGGAUGCAAAUGAGGGUAUUCAGGCUCAGACAGUGGCAAACUUCUAUCUUGCUUUUGAAGCACAGCUUGCAAUAAUUCCUGUCAUAAAUAAGAUUGACUUGAAGAAUGCAGACCCUGAAAGAGUCGAAAAACAAAUUGAGAAGCUGUUUGAUAUUCCUGUAGAUGAAUGCAUAAGGAUUUCUGCUAAACAAGGAACAAAUGUUGAAAAAGUUCUUCAAAAAGUCAUUGAGAAGAUUCCACCACCCCACUGUAAUACUGCUGAUCCAUUGAAAGCCUUAGUAUUUGACUCCACGUUUGACCACUACCGAGGCGUCAUAGCUAACAUUGCACUCUUUGGUGGGGAGAUUCAGAAAGGGCAUAAAAUUGUGUCUGCACACACAAAGAAAAGAUAUGAAGUUAAUGAAGUUGGAAUUUUGUCUCCAAAUGAGCAGCCAACGCAUAAACUAUAUGCUGGACAGGUGGGCUACCUGAUUGCUGGAAUGAAAGAAGUAACAGAAGCCCAAAUAGGAGACACGCUGUUUUUGUAUAAACAGCCAGUGGAGCCUUUGCCUGGCUUUAAGUCAGCGAAGCCAAUGGUUUUUGCAGGAAUGUAUCCUGCAGAUCAAACAGAAUAUAAUAAUCUCAAAAGUGCUUUGGAAAGGCUGACGUUGAAUGACUCCAGUGUAACUGUUCAUCGUGACAGUAGCCUUGCCUUAGGAGCUGGAUGGAGAUUGGGUUUCCUUGGUCUUUUACAUAUGGAAGUUUUUAAUCAACGUUUGGAGCAAGAGUAUAACAUGUCUGUUAUUUUGACUGCACCUACGGUUCCUUAUAAAGCUGUUCUUUCCUCAGCAAAGUUAAUAAAGGAGUGUGGUGAUCUUUAGAUUACUAUUAUCAACCCUGCUCAGUUUCCGGAUAAACUUUCAGUAUCUGAAUAUUUGGAGCCAACCGUACUUGGUACUAUUGUAACACCUCAUGAAUACAUUGGGAAAAUAAUUACUUUGUGUCAGGAUCGUAGGGCAGUCCAAAAGGAUAUGUUGUACAUUGAUGAACACAGGGUUAUGCUAAAAUACCUCUUUCCACUGAAUGAAAUUGUGGUGGAUUUUUAUGAUGCCCUUAAGUCUCUGUCUUCUGGUUAUGCAAGUUUUGAUUAUGAAGAUGCAGGAUACCAGGCAGCAGACCUUAUCAAAAUGGAUAUUCUUCUAAAUGGAAAUCCAGUUGAAGAACUGGCAACAAUCAUACACAAUGAUAAGGCAUAUGCUACUGGUAAAUUCCUGUGUGAACGUUUAAAAGAUGCUAUACCUAGACAGUUGUUUGAAAUAGCCAUCCAGGCUGCUAUUGGCAAGAAAAUCAUUGCAAGAAACGGAAGUGAAGCCCUUCUGCUGAAAGCUUACAGAAAAAAUGUUGUGGCUAAAUGUUAUGGUGGAGACAUUACAAGAAGAAUGAAGCUUUUGAAGAAGCAGGCAGAAGGGAAGAAGUUGAUGAGAAAAAUAGGCAACGUGGAAGUACCAAGAGAUGCCUUUAUACGUGUUUUAAAGAGACAAACUGACAAAUAG